AUGUUCUCUUAUCUUGCUCACAGACGAGCAUGUCGUGAAAAGCAGCAACAGCGCACCAAAGCGAUAGCCGACCUCCCACCCGCCUUCCACGAGCCCCUCACCCCAGCAGACAUCCACAUCCUCUCCCAACCCGUCUCCGCCAUCGUCGCCCGCGUGCAGACCUCCGACCUCGCCCCGCACACCGUAUUCCUCGCCUACGCCAAGAAGGCCCUCCAGGCACAUGCCCAGACCAACUGCUUCACCGAGAUCCUCAUCGGUCGCGCCGAGGACUGGUCCCGCAGCGCCACGCGCUCCGGUCCGCUCGCCGGCAUGCCCGUCUCCAUCAAGGACAUGGUCUCCGUCAGAGGGUGGGACGCGACGAUCGGGUACUCGGCGUACGCGCACAGGCCGGCGAGCCAGGAUGCGGCGCUGUUCAGGCUGCUGAGGGACGCGGGCGCUGUGCCGUUCGUGAAGACGAAUAUGCCGACGACGGCGCUGUCGUUUGAGGCGUCGAACGAUGUGUUUGGGAGGACGGAGAAUCCGCAUAAGAAGGGGUAUGGGCCUGGUGGGUCGUCGGGAGGGGAGAGUGCGCUGUUGGCGCUUGGUGGGUCUAGGUUGGGGAUUGGGACGGAUGUGGCGGGGAGUGUUAGGGCGCCUGCGCACUACGCGGGCGUGUAUACCAUCAAGUCGAGCAUGCAUCGGUUCUUGAAGACUGGUGGAGUGAGUACGAUGCCCGGGCAGGAGGGUGUCCCCGCUACGUAUAGCCCGAUGACGAAGACGUUGGAAGAUCUGGAGACGUUCUGGAGGGCGGUGUUCCAGAUGAAGCCUUGGGAGUAUGAUCAUUCGGUGUUGAAUAUUCCGUGGAGGGAGAUUAAGCUACCUGUGGAUCGACCUCUACGUUUCGGCGUCAUGUGGGAUGACGGCGUGGUCACUCCUAGCCCAGCCUGUCUCCGUGCUCUCAAGACUGUCACAUCCGUCCUUGAGAAAUACGGCCACCAAAUUGUCACCCUAAACCCGCCAAGCCCGUACGAAGGCCUCAAACUCGCCUCGCAGCUCCUCCUCGCCGACGGCGGUCGCACCACCUCGGCCCCGUUCCGCACGGGCGAGUCCAACGACCCAGGCAUGGUGCCCGCCUUCCGCGCGCUGCGCCUCCCGCGCGUCGUCAUGCGUCUGUACGCCGCGUUCUACCGGUACAUCAUGCGCGAUGCCGUGUACGCGGGGUUGAUCGAGACGUUCUACGAGAAGACGGUGCAGGAGUAUUAUGCGCUGAUUGCGGCGCGGGAGAGCUAUCGCGCGGCGUGGUUCAAGGUGUGGCGCGGGGUGCAGGUCGAGACGGGCGCGGGUGGGGUGGGAGGGGAGGGGGAGGGGGUGGAUUUUGUGUUGACGGUGCCGAAUGCGUUGCCGGCGCUGCCGCAUGGGGGGAUGAGGCAUGGGUGGAAGGCGAGCGGGUAUACGUUUUUGUUUAACUUGCUCGAUUAUACGGCGGGCGUCUUGCCCAUCACGCACGUCCGCGCGUCUGAGGACGCGCUCUCGCCCAAGUUCCGCGCGCGCAACGCGAUCGAGCGGAACUACUACAAGUACUACGACGCGAGGGCGAUGUCGGGCCUGCCGGUCGGCGUGCAGGUUGUCGGGAGGCGGCUCGAGGAGGAGCGCGUGUUGGAGGGGAUGAAGCUGAUUGAGGGGUUGUUGAGGAAGGAGGGAUUGGCGUAUGAGGGGAUUCCGCUGUGA